CACUUGCCCCUCCCCUGCGCUCCGGGAAUGCUGGGUUGUUUACAUUACUGGCACACGGGUCAGGAGUGUGGCGGUGAGAGGGGCCUAGUGCACAGACUGUCUGAAAACACGUACACAUCCCGACUGGCUCCACCAGCACCAGGCUCUCUCUCUUUCUCUCUUUCUCUCUCUCUCUGUGCGAAAAACUUUUCAGCGCUCAGGCUACACAGUGCCACGCAACAAGAAGAGGCCCCGCCGAGUCGACUUUUUUUUUUUUUUGGGGGGGCGACCUUGGAAAAGAAAGGGAAAGUCAAAACAAAAGACAUAACCGCCAUAACCAUCAGGAGAAAGUCUCGGCGUGAAGAAGAAGAAGAAGGAGGAAUAGCUUAGCAACAGAGUCCCACUUCCUGAGGUGCAAAGGAUCAAGCUCCUAACACCAUGGAUAUGGACACGCAGCCACAAGGACAGCAAGCAGCCGUGCCAGUCUUUCAACCCCAGAAACCAUUACAACCAGAUAUGGGCCAUAAUUCGCUGGCAAACUUCCAGAUUGAGAAGAAAAUUGGACGUGGCCAGUUCAGUGAGGUGUACCGGGCAAGGUACCUGUUAGACAACACGUCAGUGGCCCUGAAGAAAGUCCAGAUAUUCGACUUGAUGGAUGCCAAAGCUCGGCAAGAUUGCAUCAAAGAGAUAGAUCUCCUUAAGCAAUUGAACCACCCCAAUGUGAUAAAGUACCAUGCGUCUUUUAUUGAGGACAAUGAGCUGAACAUAGUCCUGGAGCUAGCAGAUGCAGGGGACCUCUCACGUAUGAUCAAGCACUUUAAGAAGCAGAGGAGGCUUAUCCCAGAGAGAACAGUGUGGAAGUACUUUGUCCAGCUCUGCAGUGCACUCGAACACAUGCACUCCCGGCGAGUCAUGCACAGAGAUAUCAAACCAGCCAAUGUAUUCAUCACAGCCACAGGAGUAGUGAAACUAGGAGACUUGGGACUGGGACGAUUCUUCAGCUCCAAAACAACCGCCGCUCACUCGCUAGUGGGUACUCCUUACUACAUGUCACCGGAGAGGAUACAUGAAAACGGAUACAACUUCAAAUCUGACAUCUGGUCGCUAGGAUGCCUGCUCUACGAGAUGGCAGCCCUACAGAGUCCGUUCUAUGGGGAUAAGAUGAACCUUUACUCUCUUUGUAAGAAGAUUGAACAGUGUGACUACCCCCCUCUUCCCUCAGAUCACUACUCAGAGGAGCUGAGGAACUUGGUAGAUAUGUGCAUCAAUCCUGACCCGGAGAAGAGGCCGGACAUCACCUACGUGUACGACAUUGCCAAACACAUGCAGAACAUGACACAGGGCAGCUAAGCCCCAGAGUUACACACACUAUAGCUUGCAGAACUCCUCCCCACUUCCCUCUUUGCUCUUCAUGCUGGACUCCUACACACCUUACAGCUUUUAUACAAUAACUAUCUCCAGAGUUUAGCUCCUUGUGAUAAGUAGUAUGUGUAACAGAGUUGUAUUUUCAAGGUGAUGGUACAGUCUAUAACAUGACUUGCACCAAAACCUUUUCUGCCCUAGGAUAAAGAUUAUGGAGUUUAUACUUUUGUGUCAGAUGGACCUCCCAUUCCUUAGACUUCAAAAAUGUUACAGCACUGAAACUCAAUGAAUUGUAACUCACCAAUGUGUUUGUAUUAAACACAUGUCAUCUGUAUUUUCAUGUAGUGAGGUAAAGCCAUUCUUCAGCAGAUGCUAUUUAAAGCAGAUAUACUGGAAAAUUAGUAGGUGUUACCCAUUACUCAAAUGAAUUAUCAAUGCACAUAACCCCUAAAUUACCUUGUGGGAUUUCAUGAGAUCUGCAGUCCAAUAACGGCACAGAAAAAGCAAAAAACAAAGACCAUGAAAACUUUGAGAAGACUGGUAAAAUAGGAGUGAAGAGUUUUUCACUUAAUGGCAGCAAAACUGAGAGACGUGAUAGAGUGUUAUUGAUGGUGGAAGCGUUGUUGUGUUGCACUUUUUACCCUGGUACUGGAAGGUUGGCAGGGUGAUCAUGUCUAAUGAAUGUAUUAGGAAAGGAAGGAUCAUUUAGAGGGUAGACUAGAGACAUGCUAGGGGGGAGAACAUGGGCAAAUGUCUCCACAACACUUUUAAUAAUAUGUCAUUUUGACACCUACGUAUUGUCUUUAAAAAAUUCACAAUGUCUCUUUUUUUUGACAGUCUAGAAGGAGUUGCAGAAGCUGUAACAAAAGCAGUUCUACGUCUGCUGUUUACUUUUGUCACUGACAGCAAAAAAAAUCAAAUGUCCUCCUUGGUUCAACUUAAACAAGGUAGACUGCUAUCACAUAUAGCAAGCUUUCCAAGGCUGGUGCAAUCACAAAGGAAAAAUCAAAUCAAAGUCAGAACACAUAGUCCAGUGGAUGCAUUUGACCCAUCAGAGAGGCAGUCUAUGUGGAGAAAAUGUUGUGAUUGUUAAUGUUGCUGUGUAAGUUUGCAGUGUGGGUGUCUUGUUAAGUAACAUAUAUAUUGAACGGAUAGCAGAUCCUUGCCUUGUGUAGCCGUCAAUGUUAUGAGUAAAUCACAACUACCUAACUUAUGUCCUCAGUUGAGAUACCAAAGAGAAAAAGUCACACCUGGAGCGAGAGUGGAGAUAAAGAGGUACCUUUUAUAAAAAGUAUAUGAAAAACAAGCACCAAUGGGACUCAUUUUGUUUUACUGUACAUAGCGAAGAAGUUCCUAUAGUUUUAAUACUGUAGGGUGUUAGUGACCCUAUGUAUUCUUUUUACAAUGAAUAGGUUUACACCAGUGGGUCACACAUGACCACCACUGACUACCACUGGUUUACAUAAUGACAGUGAUACCAUAUGAAAGGUUGAAUAAGUAAACAAUGAUUGCUAACGCUUUAUUUCAGUGUCUUAUGAAUUCUCUUUUAACAUUAUCAAAUAGCCUAUUAACCGUUCAUUCAAAUAAUUGUACAUGUAUGCCCAUGUUUGUCUGUUUUUUAAUUAACAUUUAAUAACAUGUUAUAUACAAAAUCAAAGCUUAUAGAUGCAAGAAAACAUAAGUUAUUUUUGCUUUGGUCAACAGAAUAUUUUGACAGUGUGUUGAUAGUUUUUUGUCUGAGACUUGCGAAUACAGUGUUUGCAAUUUUUUGUUUGCAAUUGUACACCUUGUCCUGGUUUCUUUACAUCGCUUCGCUCUGCCACCACAGUAAAGGUAGUCAAAAAUGAACUUUUCAUCAUGCUCACUGUUUAUUUUCUCUCUGUGCCCUCUAUUCCCUUUUAACAAGAGUGUCUGUAUAGCAUCAGAAGAUUUUAGAUUUGCUUUAAAGAACUUUUUAGAUAUUUACAGUACUUUUGCUACUAUACAGAACUCACGCAAGAAUUUGGUGGUAUUUAACAGCAAAACUCUUUUUCUCUUGUAAUGGAUUGAAAGAUACAUUUACAAUGUAUUGCCUAAGCACAACAGUCAGUUUUAAGGAAGACAGCCCAUGAAGAGAUAUUAAAUGAUUAUAUCAUAUCAUGUCGGGAGUCAUUGUAAUGUAAUUGAAUGGCUUGUCGUCUUCUAAAACCAAAUGCAUAAGUUGCUUUUAUCUGUCACCUUGUUAGUUAAGAACAUUUUGCAAUGCAAAGCCUGGUUGCAUUGACUUAAAAUAUAUCUGUGCAGUGACGGUUAUAUUUUCUGUUAAUGCACAGAAACAGAGAUCCAGGUUUGUUUGUUUUUUUAACUCCUCACUGGGGGUUUGUUUAUAACACACAGUGCUAAGUCACUUUAAGGAUUAGGGCCAUUUCUUGGCAGGGUGUGUUUUUUUGUUUUUUUUGUAUCUUUAUGUAACAUAUGACAGUGCUCUCCUGUGUCAUAUUGAAGAGUCCAGGGGUUUUCCAGAAAGUCAAAUAUUAGAAUCCAUAUUUAUUUUUUUGGUCGUUUGGUUGUUUUCUGAACAUUUCAUGUCAAAUUAAAGACCCUCGUCACAAAUGUCUUGUAUGCUAACUAAAUGCAAUAAAGCUUUCAAAUUUC